AGAAAAAGUGCUGAAUGUCACAAUUGCCGGGAGGUGAAACACCGGAUCACACACAUCGUCGCGGUUCGCUGACCGACCGGAUCCAGCACGGGCUGCAAGAUUUUUUUUCAGCAGCUCUUCCGCUCGAUUCAGCGAGGAUACGCGCUCGACUACAGUAUAAUCCCUCCAGUCUCAUCUGUGUGUGUUUACCUGUGCUGUUUCACGUUUCAGUGAUGCGAAAGCGAAAAGGCAGCGCAGACCGUGACAGCUCGUUCACGGCCAACGUUACACUACUGGACGGCAGCUCCGAUCUAAAGCAUUGCCACAAAAAGACAGACUCUGCCUCUGAUCCAGGAGGCUCGGGGACCGCGAUGGGGAGACGCUACAGGAGGGGUGGUCUGAUAUGGAGGCUGAGGAGGAUACUGAUCUGGGUGCUGGGAAUCUACAUCGCAGUCCCUGUUAUCAUCAAAGUCUGUCCAUCAAUACAAGCAAAAUUAGUCUUUUUAAACUUUGUGCGAGUGCCGUAUUUUAUAGAUCUGAAGAGACCACAGGAUCAGGGCUUGAAUCACACUCGCAACUUCUACCUGCAGCCUGAGGAGGGAAUUAACAUUGGAGUGUGGCACACAGUACCUUCAGUGAUGUGGAGGGAGGCUCAGGCAAAAGAUGCUAUUUGGUAUGAAAAAAGCUUCCAGUCCAGUCAUCCAGUCAUCCUGUAUCUCCAUGGCAAUGCUGGAACAAGAGGAGGAGAUCACAGGGUUCAGCUGUACAAGGUUUUUAGUUCAUUAGGCUACCAUGUAGUCACAUUCGAUUAUAGAGGUUGGGGUGACUCUGAGGGCAGCCCUUCAGAGAAAGGCAUGACGUCAGAUGCUCUUCUCCUCUACCAGUGGAUAAAGCAGCGGAUUGGCCAGAAGCCUCUGUACAUAUGGGGUCACUCGCUCGGCACAGGAGUGGCCACUAACCUAGUGAGACGUCUGUGUGACAGGGGAACGCCCCCAGACGCCCUAAUUUUAGAGUCACCCUUUACCAAUAUCAGAGAGGAAGCCAAGAGCCAUCCCUUCUCUAUGGUUUACAGAUAUCUGCCAGGCUUUGACUGGUUCUUCCUGGAUUCUAUUACUGCAAAUGAUAUCCGAUUUGCCAGUGAUGAAAAUGUCAACCACAUAUCCUGUCCGGUUCUGAUACUGCACGCAGAAGACGACACCGUCGUACCUUUCCAGCUGGGAAAGAAGCUAUAUGAUUUGGCGGCUCAGAGCAAGAGUCUGAACGGUCAUAAGGUUCAGUUCAUCCCGUUCCCCAGCUCUCUGGGCUACAGACACAAGUUCAUCUACAAGAGCCCACAGCUACCACAUAUACUCAGUGAUUUUCUCAAUGCGCCGCAUCCUCACGUGUAGUCAGGAUCAUUUCAGCCGACUGCCCUCUCUCACACACUCUCAGUUAAACACACACACACAUACACGAUCUAUGUGAUCUGCACCGUGUACUUGCACACACAAGCAUGGACUGAAGAUGCACCAGUUCUUUUGCAUUCCUUUGUUAACCUAAAACCUGGAGGAAGAAAGUUACCGUCAUUAAGAGAGUGACAGGGCUGAGUGCUUUCUUACGCCGCCUCCUGUUGCCAUGGUAACAGAUCUGAAGUGGCAGCUGGAGCAUGAAGUAUGUAAAAUAAUAGGCAGAUAAUGCACUUAAAUAAUGCUUAAGUCAACAACCCUCUUCAAAGGAGAGAUGUACUGAUGAAGUUUUAGUGACGGCACUGCGAAGACCACAAGAGGAUUCUGAUCAAAGGGAUGAAAGAGGACAACUUGCUAUAAUGAUGUCAUUGUCAGUGCUUGCUGACUGCAGUUCACUCCUUUUUUACGAACAUAAAACAACGACAAUAUCAUGGACCUUAUUUCAAUUCUGAAAUCCCCUCAAUGUGAACAGCGAGUUGUGUAUAAUAAAAUGUAUUUUCUUUUUU